AUGGAGACUGAGUCCCGGGCGCAAACAACAAAUCAAACGCAAACAGAUUCAUUAUCUCCAUCCCCUAAUCCUGUGUCACCUGUGCCUUUGAAUAACCCAACAAGCGGCCCAAGAUAUGGAACUGUGAUCCCUAACCGCAUCUUUGUAGGAGGAAUUGACUUUAAGACAAAUGAAAAUGAUUUAAGAAAAUUCUUCUCCCAAUAUGGGUCUGUGAAAGAAGUGAAGAUUGUUAAUGACAGGGCUGGAGUGUCCAAGGGGUAUGGUUUCAUCACUUUUGAAACUCAAGAAGAUGCACAAAAGAUCUUACAAGAGGCUGAAAAACUUAAUUAUAAGGAUAAGAAACUCAACAUUGGUCCAGCAAUAAGAAAACAACAAGUAGGGAUUCCUCGUUCUAGUAUAAUGCCAGCUGCUGGAACAAUGUAUCUAACCACUUCAACUGGAUACCCUUACACUUACCAUAAUGGCGUUGCUUAUUUUCAUACUCCAGAAGUAACUUCUGUCCCACCAUCUUGGCCUUCACGUUCCAUAUCUAGUUCUCCUGUGAUGGUGGCUCAGCCAGUUUAUCAACAGCCUGCAUAUCAUUACCAGGCCCCAGCACAGUGUUUACCAGGGCAAUGGCAGUGGGGGGUUCCCCAGUCCCCUGCUUCUUCUGCUCCAUUCCUAUAUCUGCAACCUUCUGAGGUUAUUUAUCAACCAGUAGAAAUUGCACAAGAUGGUGGCUGUGUUCCUCCUCCACUAUCUCUGAUGGAAGCGUCAGUUCCAGAGCCUUAUUCUGACCAUGGAGUUCAAGCAGCAUAUCACCAGGUUUAUGCUUCAAGUGCCAUUGCUAUGCCUGCACCUAUGAUGCAGCCUGAGCCAAUUAAAGAACCAAGGUUACAUUCUGUGAGAAGAAGCUUUUCUCAGCCUUCAUCUGUGGGUUUGAAACCUCGAUAUUCUCGAAGCCCACACUUUCAUCCUAGAAAAGAUUUCAGAGCAGAGGAUUCAGUUUCCACUCCACCUUCCUGUACUGACUUUGUUAAGUAG